AUGAGCAAUUUGUUCAACAAAUUUUUAACAGGAGAGCUAGAUUAUGAUUCUUCUGACGACGAAGAAGAAAAUGCGAAAAUUUCUUGGCUUAUGGUGUCAAAUUUUCACAUGAUGAAAUCUAAAUCCGGUGAGUGUUUUACAAUUCCUCGAAAAUAUAUUUAUCGUGAUAGAGUUUCCGGAAAUGAUAGAUUAUAUAACGAUUAUUUUGCUGAAAAUCCUAUUUAUCCUUCUAAUGUUUUUCGAAGACGUUUUCGAAUGAAUCGACCUCUAUUUCUUCAUAUUUUGAAUGUGAUUCAAGAUUGUGAUGACUAUUUUAUACAAAAGAAUGAUGGGUUAGGAAGAAUUGGAUUGUCAGGACUCCAAAAAAUGACAGCUUGUAUUAGAAUGUUGGCAUAUGGUGUUUCUGCUGAUUGUGUCGAUGAGUAUGUACGAAUUGGAGAGACUACGACAAUUAAAUCUUUAAAAAGAUUUUGUGAAGCAAUUAUAAAGUGUUUUGAAAAAGAAUAUUUAAGAUCGCCAACAAAAGAAGAUGUUUCAAGAUUGCUAAAAGAAGGAGAAAGCCGCGGAUUUCCGGGUAUGUUAGGGAGUUUAGAUUGUAUGCAUUGGCAAUGGAAGAAUUGUCCAAGUGCGUGGCAUGGACAAUUCACCGGACAUGCUCAAAACCCAACAAUUAUACUUGAGGCGCUAGCUUCUCAGACGGCAGAAUCUUUUAUGUUUUUGUAUGAUUCUAAGGUUUAA